AUGUCUCCUCCGGGCAAGAGAGUUCCGCCUGAAGCAAAACCUGAAGAGUUGGCUGAAUUCAAAAAGCCAUUGAUGCCUCUAGAAAAACCACAAGAGGUUAAGCCUGAGGAGCUCCUUCAAAUAGAACAGCCAUCACCUAAACCAGUGGAAGUGAGAGCGGAGAAACCGGAGAAGCUAGAAGUUCAACCUCCGCCCAGAUUGGAAACGGCUCCACCUCCGAGAGCACCCAAAAGGAUAUCGCCACCGCAAGAGCCUCAGGCUGUGCCAAUGCAGGCGGUUCCAUUCGACCUUGGCACGGCUAAAGAAAUUGAGCCACCAUUCAUGGAAGCUCCAGCUCCACGUCCGAGCGAUCGUCUCCGAGUAAAUAUUGACGAAAUACUACGUCUUGGUGCAAUAAUGGAACGGCGGCAGAUGAGCACCACGAAAAAGCUCUCCUUCGAAUGGAUUGCUCUGAAUCGCCAUAUAGCCCAUUUACAACCAGAAGCCUUUUCAUCGCAUUUGGCCACUGCUGUAGGAGACGUACGAUUAGAGAAAUCACUGGCAUGUGACGCACUGAACGUCCUCUUGUGUCAGCGCACGAUAACCCCAGAUGAGUAUAUACGACUGUGCCAGCACCUCGACAGCGUGAAUCCAAUCACCAUCAGCACACUUGCUCAGCUUCUCAGGACCAACACAGUGUUCUACAACACACUGCAAACUCAUCAUCGUCAAACUGCUGGUGUACCUACUUGCUAA